AUGAAACUUUCGACUGUGUUCAUAAUUUUUGGAGUUUUCAUUAUUUUUCAAUUUUCUGAUGCAAAACGAGUCCUUAGCUAUACAUCCAUAGCUUGUUCAGGAUCGAAUAAAACUGUUGUGAUAUCAGAAUGUUACAUUAAAGCAGUUUCGAAAAGACAAUCUGGCUUGAACAUUGUUUUGGAUUUUAUCAAGAAAGUUUCCUAUGAUUUCGGUGUUAAAUUUGGAAAAGUUUACCGAUCUCUUGCAAAAGAUGAUAUCGACAUAUGCAAGUUUUUGAGUGGAACACAAACAAGCGUCAUGAAAUUUGUCAUGAAUUUAAUCAAACGAACUUUACCGAAAAAUCUUCUUGAACCAUGUCCAAAAUUUGGAUGUUAUAAAUUAUUUAACGUCACAGCUGACCUACCAAGUUUUAGAAGAGCAGCUUUUCCAAAUGUAUCUCAUAGUGUCUUUAUGCAUUUCCAUAAUUCGGAUGAUAAAAAUAUUUCGUCAAUUCAAUUAUAUGCUGAGGGUAUAAAUUAUUACUGA